GCCAUCAGUUGAUCCCAUCGCGAGGCUGUGCUUAUGUUUGUAUGAAUAGACGUCAGGACGCGGCCAAAGCACUCAACAAUUUACGAAAUGUUAAACUCCACGGAAGUGUUAUUAAAAUGGCGUGGGCGCCCGGGAAGGGUAUGAAAGGCAAGGAGUAUAAGGACUACUGGGAAGCAGAAGAAGGCGCGAGUUAUAUCCCGUACACCAAACUCGCCGACGAAGUAGAUCUGGAUUUGCUUGAAGAGGGCGGAACUGUUGAUGACGAUACCGUUCCCGAGAAACUUCAGGAAAUCCGAAAGAGAAAAAACAAGGAACGGGAGGAUCAGGAGCGAGAAGCGGCUCAAAUGAUGGCCAGAGCGGCGGCUAUGAUGCCGAUGCCUAUGGUUCAACUGCAACCCAAUUCAUUUGGCGUUACGGGUCAGAGCUCAAAACGUCAGGACGCGGCCAAAGCACUCAACAAUUUACGAAAUGUUAAACUUCACGGAAGUGUUAUUAAAAUGGCGUGGGCGCCCGGGAAGGGUAUGAAAGGCAAGGAGUAUAAGGACUACUGGGAAGCAGAAGAGGGCGCGAGUUAUAUCCCGUACACGAAACUCGCCGACGAAGUAGAUCUGGAUUUGCUUGAAGAGGGCGGAACUGUUGAUGACGAUACCGUUCCCGAGAAACUUCAAGAAAUGCGAAAGAGAAAAAACAAGGAACGGGAGGAUCAGGAGCGAGAAGCGGCUCAAAUGAUGGCCAGAGCGGCGGCUAUGAUGCCGAUGCCUAUGGUUCAACUGCAACCCAAUUCAUUUGGCGUUACGGGUCUUGUAAUACCUCCUAAUUUAAUGAACAUAACGAGUCAGACGCCAGUCAUGUCACUCCAGUCCACGGAGCCAUCGAUGCUCACAACGGCCACAACUACUACUUUCCCCCAAAUGCCGGCCCCACCGCCAUUACCGUCGCUCCUCAAUACCGACGACAUCACAAAUAAGACGGACAUCACUGAAGUUAUUAUGAACACAGAUAACAGUCAGUCGAAUGACAAACAUAACGAUUCGGCGUCGGGUUUGCUGAACGCAUCCAACGCUCCGUUAUUCCCGCCGCCAAUGCCUCCGUUCCAGACGCCGCUUGGAAUGCCUCCAAUGCCACCCAUUCUGGGCGCUCAACCGCCCGGCGCUCGUAUGCCGUGGCUGUCGGGUCCGCCGCCGCCUAUUCAUCCGAAUCGAAUGCAAGUCAGCCCACAACGUCCGCCACUCUUAUCGAUGUCUUCGGCGCCCACUUCGACCACCGAUUCGAUCAUCUCAUCGCUGAGGCCCGAAGACAUGAUUCGCGGCUCGAUGUCGAAGCCCGAAGACAGGGCCCCAUUGAUCGCAACACUUCCGCCAUUAGCCAUAUCUCAUGAGGAGCUUCCGCCGCGAUUACAUCCGGACAACAGACCAAUGGAUCGAUUGGACCGGAACUUUCCGCCGCGCGAUCGCUUCAGAUCUAAUAUGGAAAGACCCGAUUUGGACAGAUCUCAUCCCCACCCCAAUGACGACCCCUUCGCGCCCUCUGUUUACGAGUUACGGGCGAUGGAAAGGAACCAAAUGAUGAGACCUCCCAUUCCUCACCAACCAUUCUGGGCGCUCAACCGCCCGGCGCUCGUAUGCCGUGGCUGUCGGGUCCGCCGCCGCCUAUUCAUCCGAAUCGAAUGCAAGGUC